AUGUCCUACUACAACGACGCAUCGUGGAACACGCCUGCUCCCGGCCGGCAGUCAUCGUGGGAGCAACCCCAACCACCCUCGCGAUCAGGUACCGGCCAAAUGGGAUUCAACGGUGCAGGUGCAGCGAUUCACAUGGAUAUAGGCACAAGCUCCACGGUCAACAGCGAGGUCGCCAAUGCCUUUGCCUCGCAGUUUGAGGAGGUCGACCGCGCCAUCGAGAACCUUGCCAAGAGCGGCAAGCCCUUCGGUCCCGGCUUCCCUCCUACGCCCAUGGGUGCCAACCGCCGCGAGUCCAUGCCCAUGAUGGGAGGUGGCCCCCGCCCAUACCCCGACUUCGAGCAACAGCGCAUGGGCGGCGCCCAGCGCCACCACUCGGUCAGCGAGUACGACGGCUCCCGCUCCCACUCGGCGUCCAACGUCCAGGGCUUCUACCAGAAUCAGCGCUAUGCGCCGCGACCCAACGAUGCAGACCAGAUGGCACAGGCGAAGCGACGGAUGGCGGCUCAGCGUGAGCGUGAGCUGCGCAACUAUCACCAGGAGCAGCAAUACCACAGAAACGUUUCAGGCUCAGCCUCCAAGUCCGACCGCUCCAUGAGCCCCAAUGCCAUGAAUGAAGAGGAGCGCCGCGAACUCAUCGCCCGCCAGCACCGUGCUUUGUAUGGCGAGACCUCCACCCUGUACAACAGCAACCCGACCUCGAGCCAGGAUGUUCGUGUUCAGACCUCGCAAGCUGGUCGGGGUCCGUCUCCCCUCGCCUUUGAUCCCUUCGGCAUGCAGGCCCAGAACGUUUCCGGUGAGGGUUCCGUCCAGAUGCCUCCCCGCGACAAGGACGUUGCUGGUAAUGCUCAAGAUGCGCGUGCCAACAGCACCUCGUCACCUUCUGGUAGCCAGAACCCAGCAUUCAACCUCUUCGAUGCUCAGCAGGCGAACCGUACCUCCAACUCGUCGCCCGGAGGCUCUCCUCCUGUGCCUGGUCAGAAGUCCAACGGCUCUGGCGUUGCCCCCAUUGGCACUCGUCCUCAGAACCAGAACCUGCAGCAACCAGGUGGCGCUAUGGGCAAGCGCGCGAACUCACCUCUGCCGUCGCCUCUCGGCUACAACUCGUACAACGCGAGCGAGCAGAACAACAUGUCUACGACAUCUGCGUCUAUGAACCCUUCGUCUACUGUCACUGACAAGGGCGUUGGUAUUUGGAACAACGGACCCUGGAGCAACACGCCCACACAGGGAGUGCAGGCGUCUGUUUGGGGUUAG